AUGAAUAUUUUUGUCGAAUCAUUUUGCUUUUUCCUCCCGCUUCUCCCUUCCUUGACUCGACCUGAGGAUGUUGUCGAGGGCGGACAAGUGGAGAUUGAUAUCAUGACGACAGGGGUGGUGCCGCCUCACCUGGCUGCUGCUCCAUACUGGAGCGUUAUUGAUGCAAUGACGUUGUGCCAGAUGCGUUCGAGAUUCGAGCUUCCAACUAUUGCAUGGAAUUGCAUGAAGAGGGGUUUCUAUUUGCCACCGACUCCAACUAUUUAA